UACCUCCUACCCUGCUUGAAGGUCCGCUAUCUUUAGCACUGCCACGGAUUACAGUGCGCAGUGUGUCACAGACUGCGUCGCGUCUUUGGCCAGCUAGGUUUACCGCUGUGUGUGUGUGUGCAGCCUACUUUGCGCUAAAGAUACAAAAAACAAAAAGCCCACAGAAAAUACAAAACACAAGACAGAUGUGAUGGGGGAAUGACAACAAACUCCUUACCCGUCUGCGGUUCUCCGACGCCGAGAAGACACCACCAAGGAUGCUGCUGCUGCUGCUGCUCUCCAGCCCGCAGAACGGACGCCUGCGCCGGGCCUCGCUGCUGCUGCUACUCGCCGUGGUCCUCCACUGUGUCGCCGCUGUCAGCGCGAGCCCUGCAGCUGGCAGUAAGUGCCCUCACCAUAUAGACUGUGCUAAAGAGAGACGCCACAUCUGCAGGCCUGGCUCCUCCCGAUGUGGCCACUGCCUCGCCCUGUUUGAGGAGAACGAGGAAGGUCGCUGCACGGUGAAGAAGAGGCACCGUCCGCAUGUGGCGUUCUACCCUGACCUGGAUCAAGAGAUCGAUUACCUUCACGCCGUCAUUGAAAAACAGGAAGUGACAGAUAUCAAACCACCAAAGCAACAUCCUGUGGCCAAAGCAGAUGUUGUUAAAAGCAGGACAGAUGCCUCCAGACUCAAACAGACGAGCCAGGAUCGUCUCUUCACUGAGAACCUCAACGCCACCACUGCAGCCCCUGCAGUCUCUGCCCCUCCCAACGCAGCAACCGCCCAGCCCAGGGACACUAAAGUUCGGUGCAGAGGGUGUCCUAUAGGUCUGCCAACAUCCAACAGUGACAACAUUAUCAUCAUGGUGAUCUCGCUGUGUGUGGUGGUGGGCACUGUGGCAGUGAUCCUGGCAAGCGUCUGUUACAUCAAGUUGCGGAAAGACUCGCGUCUGGCUCAGAAGGUGGACUACCCUGCUUUCAGAGGGGCAAGCGCACCCCCAACCACAACCAACGUUCCCUCUAUUGGCGAUAAGAAUCUGGCUCAAAGCGCUCAAAUGUAUCACUACCAACAUCAAAAACAGCAGAUGCUCUCGAUGGGAAAUAACGAACCUGAGCAGAAAGUCAUUGACUCCGAGGUCACAUCAGAUGAGGAGGAAGUGGGCGGAGACUUCACAGUAUACGAGUGCCCCGGACUUGCACCGACUGGAGAGAUGGAAGUGAAGAACCCGCUGUUUGAUGACUCGACUUUAAAUUACCAGGGGAAUAUCAAUUAAUUCUUGAACACUUCACACACACACACACACACACACACAUAUUUACAUACAGGUAUACAAGCCACUUCUCUGGAGGAAACCACUUGAUCUCACAUUGCAUGCAUAUAGAAAUGGAGGAGCCUGGCAGAGGUCAAUAAAAAAAAAAAAAAAGAUUGUUUUCUUGUUGCCCCUCCUUUACUAUAUCUGCCACCAGUACGGCUUUUAUUACUACAAAUGUAUGUUGGGUUCCUUGUUAGUUUAUGUCUGUCACAGAUUUUGAGCAUUACUGUCUUUUAACAUAACGUUAUCAGAGUCCUCCCAGAUAUAUCCCAAUCGGUGUUUUUUUCUCUGAGUUAAGAUUUGUUUCCUCCACCGUUCUUACUUUCCUUCAUUUCUGCAGCUGUGUCCAAAGAAUGUGAUCCAAUAGCAGAUGUAUACAACACACUGACACACACACACACGCACACACACACACACACACACAAGCUGAGAAACAGGUGCCCUCUCUGUGUUUUGUCAUGCAUAGAUAGUGUCUAAACCACAUUCCUGACAGAUCAGAUCUCUGUGAUACCUCUGUAAAAACUCCCUAACACCACACAAGGUUGUUACUGUUGGUGUUGCCGAUUUUAUUCCUUGUCAUAUAAGCUGCACAUAAAUAUUUUAAGAUUAUAAAUAUAUAUAUGAAAAUGAAGUACUUGAUGAUGUCUGUUUGCAUGGUUUGACUUACUGUGUUUGAAUAAUGGCAAUGCUUUGCUCAACUACUCUGCCUCCUGUAUGUAUGCAUCUUGUUGCUGGAGGAGGAACGUACAGUCAAAGGGACUUAUGAGCGCUUGAAUGAAAUUUUGGUGACGGGACUAAACUGAUGGAUGUGUAGGUGGUAAAUAUCACUAUCUUGUAUUGUCCCUCUUUCCUCUCCGUCUUCUUGUCGGGGCCCAAGUUCACUUCUUGCUGCAAAAUGUACAUACAAAGAGUGAAUGUGUUCACUUUUUAUAGAUAUUUGUACAUGCAGACCAAGGAUUGGAAUUAAAGUUUUUACCACAUGUGGAAA